AUGAAUACCACGAGCGCAAUGGGUCCAUGUCCGGGUGUUAUUACGAACGAGAUCAUCUUGGAUCCCUACGAGAAUGUUGGUCAGUAUGGGGGCGCUAUACUUGGAGCAGGACUUCCCGCACUGUUCUUCCUGGCUUCCUGGGGUUUUAACUGCUGUCGGGUAAUCGAGGAUGGUUCAGGCGGUUGCGAAGUCGCGGACAGCUGGCCCGGAUUUUGCUACCGGAUCCUCUACACAGGCUACUUUGCUCUCUUCACCGUCUCCUUGCUAUUGCAGGUCCUCGCCAGUCUCUUGUCCUUCGCGGGUGAGAACAUCGAGCUACUCUUUGCCCGUGUGCUUGUCGCUGUGGCCUGUGGCUGCCGGCUGUGUAUCGGUGUCGGUGUAGCUGAGGGGCUAUUUCCGAGUCGUCUCUGGAUCCUGGCUUGGAUGUCCAGUGUCGGAUUAACGGUGGGUUUCGUCGCAGUCAUCUUGGCGGUGUCCGAUGCCUUCGGCACGGAGGAUCCCGGGGAGUUUGUCGAGGCGUCAGCCGUGAGCGUCGCAUACUUGUGGAUGAUCCUGGUUUGGACGCUGGCUUCACGGAAGAACCCGAAGAUCCGGCCCUACUUGAAGAUUAAGGUGCCUGCAUCCGUUGUCUUGAUGGCGGCGUUCUGGGUGCGUGCACUUUUUGAGCCCAGCUGUGGUCCGCGAGGUCAUGCCGAGUGCUACGCCUCUUGCGGCCUGGGGGCCGCCGGUGUUCACCACAUACUCUUCGGGGCGCUUCUCUUGAUCCCACACCUUGUCUUGCAGCACUUGCAAGUGGAGCGAGAUAGGGAUCUUGUGGCUAUGCCGCAGUGCUGCGGACCUUCUACCCGUACACGGCCCUGA